AUGACGGUAGAAGCGGCAUUAACAAAGCUGUCAUACGUGCUCGGCAAAGAUGAAUGGGAUUUACCCACAAAGCGCAAAAUGAUGCAAAGAAAUAUACGCGGCGAAAUGACUGUUGCCAGAUUUGAAACUCUUCAGGAACUAGAAAUAAGUGAUCUUGUUUGCGUAAGCGCUCGCUUUUCUCAACACUUCUCGAAAGCCCUAUUGCAACAAGCGGAGCAGUAG